UGUGUUGUAUUUGAGGAACUCAUCAUCAUAAAUAUAGAUAGAGUGAAGAAAAGGGAAGACACCGCGGCAAAGCAAUUGAAAUUGAAAGUGAAAUGGAGGAUAAGUUAUCGAGCGUGGCAAAGAGUUUUGCACCAUCGCCCAUUCAGGAACUAUCCCAUCUUGCCCAGAGAUGCAACGCCAUCAACCUCGCCGAAGGCUUUCCAGACUUCCCUGCACCUUCCCAUAUCAAAUUCGCUGCCAUUUCCGCUAUUCAUUCCGACUUCAAUCAAUACAGGCAUGUACCUGGAAUAUGUGACCUCCUGGCAAACAUAAUGAAGCAAAUCCAUGGAUUGAAUGUCAACCCUCUUACUGAUAUAGCUAUUUGUUGUGGCCAAUCUGAGGCCUUCGCGGCAGCUGCCUUUGCAAUAAUAGACAAGGGUGAUGAAGUUGUACUGUUUGACCCUUGCUAUGAAACAUAUGAAGGAUGCAUUAAGAUGGCUGGGGGAGUCCCAGUAUACAUCGCUCUCGACCCACCUCAGUGGACCUUGGACCCUAACAAAUUCAUCAACUCUUUCACUGGGAGAACAAAAGCUGUAGUACUCAACAGUCCUCACAACCCAACUGGCAAAGUAUUCACUAAAGAUGAACUUGAGAUUAUUGCUGGAGAAUGCCGCACCAGGAAUUGCCUAGCUAUAACAGAUGAAGUAUAUGAGCAUAUAACCUUCAACAGUGAGAAACAUAUAUCCCUUGCAUCAUUUCCAGGAAUGCAAGAGCGGACUAUUAUCACGUCUUCCUUAUCUAAAACGUUCAGUGUAACAGGUUGGAGGGUCGGAUGGGCAAUUGCUCCAGCUUUCAUUGCAUCUGCAAUCAGAAACAUUCAUACUAAACUUACAGAUUCUGCUCCAGCACCUUUCCAAGAAGCUGCCUUGACUGCUUUGGGAAGCCCCCCUGAAUACUUUGAAUCAUUGAGAAGUGAUUAUGAAUCAAGACGAGACUACAUUGUCAAUUUGCUAACUAGAGUUGGCUUUAAGAUUCAGUUCAAGCCUCAGGGUGCACUCUUUUUAUUUGCAGAGCUACCUGAAAAUUGCAAACUUUCUGAUGUAGAUUAUGUUAAAAUGUUAAUACAGACUGCAGGGGUUGUGGCUGUGCCAGGAUGUGGAUUUUUUCAUACACAUUUGUCUCGGGAGAAAUUUUCUCUGGGAGGUUACAGCUAUCAGGAGAGAUACAUUAGGUUUGCUUUCUGUAAAAGUGAUCAGACUUUGGCUUCUGCUGCAAAAAGACUUGGAGAGCUUAUUGAUGCUACAGGGUGUCUCAAUCCGCAAUGACUCGGAAGGAAGAAUAACUCAAAUAUGUGUACUUGACAUUGAGAUGAUAUUGGAAGAUAGAACUUCACUGAGAAUAAUGUAAGCUCAUCUUAUUAUACUGAACCUGUAGAAAAAUUAUCAGACCUUUUUGGUAGUAAUCUUAUUAGACUUCAUGGAGAAUUUUUUUU